CGCGGAUGGUCACAUUAAAAACAAUUGGUCAAAAGAAAACAACAACAUUUCCUCUUCGCUUGGCGCGAAUUUAUUAAUAAGAAAUGAACGGAGUAAGGAAACUAAGGCCAUUGAAGACUGUGCGCUUGGGUGAUCUUCUUUAUGACGAACAGAAACGGCUCCUGGUCCUCUGCCGGAGCUGUGAGCAUCAAUUUGGAAGCCUACAAUCGUUCCAUAAUCACCUAAGUACCUGCUCCGGAGUUAAACACAUAGUAAAGUCUACCGAUGAGCUAAGCUUUGACGAAACUAGGAGGCAGUGCGCUAUGAUGAAUGGCCGACAGAAGGUCUACAUCUACGACAUCGAAGCGGUGAAACAUGUAAACGACUCCCUAAGUUGUGGCCUUGAUUUGGAAGCUGAACUGGAGAAUCCACGUUGGUACGACAACGACAAUGACAACCAUAAGGCAACCAAAUCUACGACGGCCAAAGAAAACGUAGUGAAAGAUAUAAAGCUGCAGCUGCAUCUAAAACCGCCGGAAACAGUGGAAAGUCCUCCAAAGCGGCAAACCAGAUCUAGCUAUCCCCAAAGGAAGAUUCUUACGGACCACCCGCAGCGCAGAAAGCGCUCCAGCCUGCCAUCGCCACAAGCUCCAGCUGCGAAGAGGAGGAGCGACACCCUCUUGGUACCCAAAGUCAUGGAAGACUUGAGAAGUUUCCAGGAGUCGCCCACAAAAACGACUCGUCCAGCGCAAGCUCCUCAAUCUCAUUGUACGCCGAAGCCAACGCCUCCUCCCAUGGUCUCUAUACCGGUAGAUAACACUCAGAUGAUUCUGAACAAGCUGCGAGCCUGUGGGGUGCAGGUAAAACGGGGAAACACUCGCUUGAAUCCGACUCCUCCAGCCGACGAAAAUCACACCAAAAAUAACGAAGCCCUCGAAAUCAUGAGAAAAUUGCAGUCAAAGGGUAUCCGGUGUACCAAAGUUAGAAAUACUUAAGUAGGGCUCAUAGAACUUAGAAUUAGGUAUAUUUUAUAAUAAAUUAUAACGUCUCUGAUAGAGUA